UGAUCUUUGAAGACUCUUUGUGAGAGGUUUCAGGAUAGAUCCCUAUGUUCUUUUGUGAACAAUUAUUGGUUGCUGCAAGAGAAUACAAUCGGCAUAACUCAAAGUGCUUCAACAGCCAAAAGUAAUCUCUUAAUAGAGGUUUCCCAAGCUAAGAUCGUGAUUCAUGACGUAAACAAGUUUCAUACUUCAAAUCACACCUUCUUCAUCAGAGAUUAUCAAAUUCAUCCAAAUCCAUCCUUUAAAAACAUGCAAAAACAGAGUCAUAGCCAUUUCAAGCCAGAGAAAUCAUGGUGCCUUGUCAUAGCAUUAGUAGGUUUAAUAGGAGGUGCACUUUUCAUUUCCUUGUUCCUCAAAACAUCAAACAAUUGGAUCCUUUGCAACAACAAUAAAGCUCCAAGCAUAGGGAAAUUUCUUGAUGAUGGCAAGAACUCGAUUAAUCCGCAACAACUCCAGCUUGAUGCCAUUCUACACUACGCCACAUCGCGAGUGAUACCUCAACAAAACAUCGACGAAAUCAGGGUAUCUUUCGAUGUCCUGAAAAAGAAAACUCCUUGUAAUUUCCUUGUAUUUGGCCUAGGUCAUGAUUCUCAAAUGUGGGCAUCAUUUAAUUCUCGUGGUAACACAUUGUUCCUAGAGGAAGAUCCAAAAUGGGUCAAGACCAUACUAAAAGAUGCACCUUUUCUUCAUGCUGAGACCGUGAAAUAUCGUACAAAGUUAUCGGAGGCAGAUGAGUUAGUGGAACAUUUCCAUAAAGAACCAGAUUGUUCAGCCAAAAAAUCAUUUUUACGUGGCAAUCAUGGCUGUAGAUUAGCAUUAGAUAUGUUACCAGAUGAAGUAUACAAUAAAGAAUGGGAUGUGAUUAUGAUCGACGCACCAAGAGGCUAUUUUGCAGAAGCACCAGGAAGAAUGGCAGCUAUUUAUUCGGCAGCUGUUAUGGCAAGAAAUAGGAAAGGAAAAGGUGUAACACAUGUAUUUUUACAUGAUGUGGAUCGUAAGGUAGAGAAGAUUUAUGCUGAACUUUUCUUGUGUAGGAAAAAUUUGGUCAAAGGGGUAGGAAGAAUUUGGCAUUUUGAGAUUCCUCCAGCUUCUAAUGUGGGUAAUAAUUUUUGCUAGAAUGAAUGGGUUAUCUUACAGUUUUCUUUAGUUUCUUUCCAUUUCCAAUGUAAUUUAAAUUCCCCUUUUAAAUAAUCGCUUUUCUUUUCUUA